AUGGGACGUGGAAGGGAUCGUAGUCGUGAUAGACGACGAAGUCGUACUAGAAGUAGAAGCAGAAGUCGCAGUCGUAGCCCUCGUUAUGGUCUAGGAUCGGGUGGUGGUGGUGGUGGUGGAGGAGGAGGAUAUGGUGGAGGGGGCCGCAGAAGUAAUCCCGGAGCCAAUCUUCGUAAACCAAAAUGGGAUUUGAAUAGAUUAAAGCCAUUUAAAAAAGAUUUCUAUGUCCCACAUCCUGAUGUAGAAAGUAGAGUGGAAUCAGAAGUAGAAGCUUGGAGGAGUGAAAAUGAAAUAACCUUAAAAGGCCGCAAUAUACCAAAGCCUACACUAUCUUUUGACGAGGCAGGGUUUCCAGAUUAUGUUAUGGAUGAAAUUGAUAAGAUGGGUUUCUCCAAGCCAACACCAAUUCAAGCACAAGGUUGGCCAAUUGCGUUAAGUGGUUAUGAUAUGGUGGGCAUUGCGUCUACUGGAUCAGGCAAAACUCUGUCAUAUAUAUUACCAGCUAUAGUUCAUAUUAACAAUCAGCCAAAAUCAAGCAGAGGCGAUGGACCAAUUGCUUUAGUGUUAGCACCUACCAGAGAACUUGCACAACAAAUUCAAGAAGUUUGUGAUAAAUUUGCAAACACUUCUAAAAUUCACAAUACUUGCUUGUUUGGUGGAGCUCCAAAGGGUCCACAAGCUAGGGACUUAGAUGCUGGGGUGGAGAUUGUUAUUGCGACACCAGGACGUCUGUUAGAUUUCUUGGAAAGUGGAAGAACUAACCUUAAAAGAUGCACUUACUUAGUAUUAGAUGAAGCUGAUAGGAUGUUAGAUAUGGGUUUUGAACCUCAAAUCAGGAAAAUUAUAGAGCAAAUUAGACCAGACCGACAAACUCUUAUGUGGUCUGCUACAUGGCCUCGAGAAGUACAGAGCUUAGCUGCUGAAUUUUUGAAAGACUAUCUACAAAUUAAUGUUGGAUCUUUGCAAUUGGCUGCUAAUCACAAUAUCUUACAAAUUAUUGAUGUUUGUAUGGAAUAUGAAAAAGAAACAAAAUUGAGCACUUUAUUAAAAGAAAUUAUGGCAGAGAAAGAAAAUAAAACCAUUAUUUUUAUUGAGACAAAACGUAGAGUAGAUGAUAUCACAAGGAAAAUGAAGAGAGAUGGUUGGCCUGCUGUCUGCAUCCAUGGCGAUAAGUCACAAAAUGAGCGUGACUGGGUAUUACAAGAUUUCCGAAGUGGAAAAGCACCUAUUCUUGUAGCAACUGAUGUUGCUGCAAGAGGUUUAGAUGUUGAUGAUGUAAAGUUUGUGAUAAACUUUGACUAUCCUAGCAAUUCAGAAGAUUAUGUUCAUCGGAUUGGUAGGACUGGAAGAACUAAUAAAACAGGGACGGCAUACACAUUCUUCACACCGUCAAAUGCGGCCAAAGCUGCCGACCUCGUGGCGGUACUGAAAGAGGCCAAGCAAGUUGUUAAUCCAAAGUUACAAGAGUUAGCAGAACGCGGUGGAGGCGGUGGCAGAAGACACCGCGGUCGCGGAGGCAGAUACCGGCGAGGCCGGCGGUCGCGGUCGCGCUCACGCUCGCGCGACCGCCGCCGCCGCUCGCGCACGCGGUCCCGCUCGCGCUCGCGCAGACGCCGCCGGCACAGCUCGUCGCGCUCCUCGCGCAGCCGCUCCUCCAGGUCGUCGAGAAGCCACUCACGCUCGCGCUCCCGCUCGCGUAGCCGCUCUCGCUCAGGCAAGUGCAGCCCACUGAAGGACACUACUCAUGCUGCGCCCCCACCGGCGCCCCAGCCUGCGCCCCCACCUGCGCCUCAGCCGGCGCCGCAAGCCCUGCUGCCGACGCCCAAGCCGCUACUGCCCACGCCCAUCGGUCCGCAACUACCCCAGACUCAUUUCGACAAACCCAAUGGCAAAGUAUCCUCCACUCCUCCCGUCAGACACGAUAACGUACAAUCCAACGAUAAUGAUUACUCACAAAAGAACAAUAGUACUAAUAAUAAUUUUAAUAAUCAGAUAAACAACGAUAAUAGUUUACAGCAGCAACAGCACCAGCAGUCAAACUCUAUUCCACCCUUGAUGGCUAUUAACCCCCAAAUGAAUAUGUGCAUUCCUCCUCCUAUGAAUGGACCAAACUUUAUGAUGCCUCCAUUCUUCCCUAGCGAUCAGUACGGGAUGAUGAUGCCAAACUUCGCUCCAAACCCCAUGCUCAAUUCAGGUUGGGGAGCUCCCCCUCCACCACCUCCUCCUCCUCCUCCUGUCGAUUCCAGCGGUGGGGCACAAAACAAUUACACUUAUGGACAAAGUGGCUCUGAGCAAAAUCGCCUGGAGUCGGAUUCCAGAAAGCGAGGAGGUCGCUCUGGCGGGCUCGGCUCGAGCUCGGUUAGCAGCGGUGGUUUUGGUCUCGACGGCGGCCUUGGAUCUGGCGGCGGGGGGUUGGGUUCGACCGAUCGCUCCAACUACGGGGGCCUGGGCUCCGGCGGGGGCCUCGGCUCGGACGAGAGCCAUGGCGGCGCGCGCUCGCGCGGCGGUCGCGACCGGCGCCGGCGCGGAAGAGGACGCGAGCUCGACGACUAUAACUCGGAUAGCCCGGGUGGUGGUCUCGGCUCUUAUAGCUCGGGCGGCCUAGAGGGCGGCCUGGGUCAAUCUACCGGCGGCUUGGCCUCUGGCGGUCUCGCCGUACCCCAUGGGAACCCCAUGCCGCGCAUGCUUCCGCAGAGCGUCACCGAGUUCGGCGCACAAAACGCCAACUUCACGGCGUUCGGUUCUUAUGGGCCAAAAAAUAAAAGAAGUCAACAGUCUAAUGAUGGUGGAAACUAUGAUAACAAUAUGAAUGGUGUCGAGUAUUAUGGACACCAAAAUAUGGGACCUGGUCGACCUUUCGCUGGGCAAUCGCCAACGACGGUGAAUAACACUCGAGAAAACGGCUACAACGGUGACUCACGUCGACGUAGGAGGCGA